AAAAGGGGGGCGUCGGCGUCGGCCGGUGGUCCGUGCAAAACGGAGGCAGAAGGACGGCUGCUGCUUUUUCAGACCGGUCGGUAAAAGUAUAGCCGAACAGUUCGGCGACGGCGGAACAGCCAAUGAACAUAAAUGGUGCGUCGUGACGCAACAGGGCCCCGUUGAUAAGGAGCGGAGAGUCCAACCGGGACCUGAGAAGGGGGAACGGCGGUUUUGGGGGGCCAGCAAACACUCGCCUAUCAUCAGUCAACGUAAAGCCAACUCCUCCUCUUCUGCUGUUACGCACAUGUAUGCAGCCUCCUUGGCAAAAGACAAAACAUGAACUAAAACAGAAAGGAAAGCUGCUUCUCCCAGACGUCCGGCAGGAUUUUAUAAAGCAAAGUCUGUGUGCUUGUUUUUAAUUUUUCUAUUUUUCUCCUGCAAAGCAAAAAAAAAAAAAUAGUUUGAGAGACAUAAAUCAGCUGCUGCAUCAACUUGGACUGUUGAACCUGGAGGAGAGGGAGGAAGCCUUUCACAGGCUCCCUGUCAGCUCUCUCUCUCUCUUUUUUUUGGGACAUAUCUUGUUUUGUUGGUGACUGUGUGAUGCAGAAGACUGCUGCUCAGCUCUGGCAGUGACAUUUGCACAGAGUUACUUUAUUGUUCUGCAGAAAAAAAAGGGGAGAAAUUUGUCAAUGCUUUGCAGACUGUCGAAAUCCUGAAAUAUUACCCCCGGCAAAGGAGGAGGCAUCGGUGCUGAGACCCAUGCAGCGGGGGCUUCCAUAGUUGGUAUGUUUAUUCACCGUAAAUGGAAAAGAAAAUAUAGAAAGAGUAAUUGGUAAUAUCACAGAAUAAUAUCAGACGUGAGAGAAAAAUAGAGCUCAGUAAGAGAAACGGAAUCUGCGCGCUUAUUUAUGAAUUAAUCAUAGCUUAUUAAUAAUGAGAGCUGCAGAGAUUCGGAUGACGGUUUCCAUUGGCAGAUGAGACGUAGUGUGGAGAACACGUGUCCAAUUUUUCCCUCAUAUUUUUUCCUCCCUGAUCUGGAUUUCUCACUUGUCACGGCAAGAAAGGAAAACCUAAAAAAACGAGAAUUCUGAGUGGCGUUACGGCGCACGGUUUUGCUUCUGAUGGACAUCUUGGCUUGCAGAUCCGAAGAGAACAGUUAUAAUAUCCUCCCCUCUGCGGCAACGAUGCUUUUCCAUGGCCUCCCUGGAGGCGACGUGCACGGUGUGGUGGAAGAAAUGGACCGGAGAGGAAAGAGCGAGUCAGCGGCCAUCAGCUCAGCCAUCGAUAUGGGGGAAUCAGAGACGUCCAUGCCGUGUAUGACCAGCGAGCGCGUGGCUCUGUGCGCGGGCUGCGGCAGGAAGAUCGCGGACCGUUACUACCUGCUGGCCGUGGACAAACAGUGGCACAUGCGCUGCCUCAAGUGCUGCGAGUGUAAACUCAACCUGGAGUCUGAGCUCACCUGCUUCAGCAAGGACGGUAGCAUCUACUGCAAGGAGGACUACUACAGAAGAUUUUCGGUGCAGAGAUGCGCUCGGUGCCACCUGGGGAUCUCAGCCUCGGAAAUGGUGAUGCGGGCCCGGGAUCUGGUCUACCACCUCAACUGCUUCACUUGCACCACCUGCAGCAAGAUGCUCACCACCGGGGACCACUUUGGCAUGAAGGACAGUCUGGUGUACUGUCGGCUGCACUUUGAGACUCUCAUCCAGGGAGAAUAUCAGACACAUUUUAACCACGCGGACGUUGUCCCGCACAAAGGCCUGGGCCCGGCCAACACGCUCGGACUAUCCUACUUCAACGGCGUGGGGACAGUGCAGAAAGGCCGGCCCAGGAAGAGGAAAAGCCCCGGGCCGGGAGCCGAGCUGGCUGCUUAUAACGCAGCACUGAGCUGUAACGAGAACGACGGCGAGUCCAUGGACCGGGACUCCCAGUACAGCUCGAGUCAGAAGACCAAGCGCAUGCGGACAUCCUUCAAGCACCACCAGCUUAGGACCAUGAAGUCCUACUUCGCCAUCAACCACAACCCAGACGCCAAGGACCUCAAGCAGCUCGCCCAGAAGACCGGCCUCACCAAGAGGGUCUUACAGGUCUGGUUCCAAAAUGCUCGUGCCAAGUUCAGGAGAAACCUGCUGCGGCAGGAGAGCACCGGGGUGGACAAGGCGUCCGACGGCUCCACGCUGCAGGGCGGUACGCCAUCGGGUCCGGCUUCGGAGAUCUCCAACGCCUCCAUGAGCCCCUCUAGCACCCCCACCACCCUGACAGACUUGACCAACCCCACCAUGCCCACCGUCACCUCUGUGCUCACCUCAGUGCCGAGUGGCAUGGACGUCCACGAGUGCCGGAGCCCAUCACAGACCACGCUGACUAGCCUAUUCUGAUGGAAGGAGCCCUUCGGGCGAGCCUCACCCCUAUGCCCCCUGACCCCCCCACCCCUCACCUCUGCUCCACCCGCCUGGAUCUAAAACUGAGCACUGUUGACUCCUUCGAACAUUAAACGGAUUAGUAAAGAGAAGGUAACGGAAACAUAAAAAAAAAGAAAAAAAGAUUUCAUUUCGCUCUGAGUCCAUUAGAGACUAUUUGCAUAGUGAGGCGGCCCAGCCUUACAGAUGGAACAGUUGUUGUUAUUUUGAUGUUGUUGUCUUGUCGAGAACUGAGGAGACUUGAUUUGCAUUUUUCAAUGUUUACAGAAAGUGACUGCGGGGGGAAAAAAACUGCUUAAUUUUUGGAAAUUCUUUUUUUCCAGCACAGUAUUUAUGUUGUUGUACAAGAGUCACUGUUAGAAGGAUUGUAAAAAAUCAUUUUUUGAAAAUCUGAGAUUAAAGACAGGUUACAAUAUCCUACGACUGCCACGUGCCUUAUAGUCCAUUUAAUCUUAACUGCUGUUCUCAGAAGUCCACCAAGAUCAGACACCAAUGAUUUGACUUCAUUGCAUGUGUGUGUGUGUGUGUGUGUGUGUGUGUGUGUGUGUGUUAUGGUUUGUUCUGCUUAUAGUUUUGGCAAACUAAUUAUUCCUCCUAAUCGUAACUUUUUUUUUACCUACUUGAAUCUUCUUCCUCACUUUGUUAAGAAGUGCUAAAACCUGCUGGACACAAUGAUUAGUUAUUCUUUCAGUAUUUUGGGGCAAUAUUUUCAGGGAGACGGAUUCUCUCUGUGUCUUGGCAGUGUGUAUAUGUGGCAUGAAGGGCAUCAGUCCACUGAUGAGGCUACUGUUUAUAGCUGUGCAGUCAGCCAACAAUAAUCCACUCAGAUCUCAAAGAUCAGAUAUCAAAACAGUUCAUGUUAAAAUAAGCCAAACUUUACUCUUCCCCUCUGUUCAUGGAAAAUGUCUGUUGAGACCUCUGGUACAAUCUGAAGCAAAAAAGAAAGAUCUUGCAUUAGCCUGCAAUACUAUUUAAAAAAAAAUGUUUAUGUCUCUUAAGACAAAUGGAAUCAUGUCACAUCAAUGAACUUGUGCUGUAAAUCCUCCUGCAGUGCUGCUCCUGCACAUUCUCGUACACGUCCCCGUUGUAGUCCGGUUCUGUAACAAAUUUAAACACUACCAAUUAUAACACUUUUCUUUUCGAAGAUCUUUUGCAACUCCAAGUGUAAGUGUUCUUCAUCGACUGAUGUGUCAGGCUGGAAUAUACACGGUGGUGUGUUUCUCUGAUUGGUCAAAGGGAUUUGUGGCACAGUGACGCCUCUAAACCAGAGCUAUGAGUGGAAUUGCAGUUAAGUUCAGCCACUGAGAGGUUGGGGUGAACGUACAUAUAAAAAAAAAAUCCAUCUAUCCAAGUGAAAUCCACUCUACUCUUUCUCAUGCAUUCCUACUUCUUGUGUUUCGACAUUUGCAUACCUGCUCAUGAGAUUAAAAUUGGAGUUUGUUUCAGUUUUCCCCUGUGCGUCAGGUCAUGUGUUAUUACAGAAAAGGUCAGAUAAAGGCUGACGGAAAGAGAUUUUUAUCACAAAAAAUUGAUUAGACGGGCUUUCCAUUUCUUCUUCUUCAUUACGUGCUACCCCACCACUAAAAAAGAACCAUUUCUGCAGAGGGUUUCUGAAUUCGGUUGUGUUUCUCAUUCACGCACAUUUGGCAUUUUCUUAAUUAGCUUAUCUUGUCCAGUGCAUCCGGGGCCACCGUACAAUGUGGGCAUGAAAAACUGGUGUAAAAGUCAAAGUGUGUACACCAAAUUCUUAAAUUUUGUGGAUUUAGUGGCAAGCCAAAUAAACUGAACUUGAAAAUAAAAUAUCAAAAUAUGUUUCAGGAUAACUGCACAGACACAAUCAGGCCUUGAUCAGGUCCACAUAUUAAGUCCUGUAGAUCUGACCUGACCUCUAAAGGGAAGCCACGCUUUAAAACACGAGAUUAACUUAUUAUCAUGCUCUGCCAUACAAUGAAAAUUUAUGCAGCAAGAAAGUGUGUGUACAUAUGUGUGUGUGCGUGUGUGUGGGCUGCGGCCUGCUGUCUGUGAAUAGUAUGUUUGAUUAUCCCGUUUCAUGAGGACCGUUACAUUCAUCCACUUUCACCAAAUGUGGCACUAAAAAAGAAAAGAAAAAAAAAAAAAACUCACUCCCCCGAUCACUUAAAAUAAGCAUCUGUGCCAAAGCUGCGAGCGAUAGUAGCUGACAGCCUUCCCGAAAGUGUAAUCAUAAAAAAUCUGUUUUCAUGAGCAGCUUUUCCUCACUCUACUGGAGCAAAAUGUGCUCAAUUUUCUCAUGGCUCCAGCAGCGGGGACUUGAGCUGAUCAUAAAGGUAGAGGAAGAUUUUCCACUUAAAACUAUCACUUUACAAUCCAACACGGAAGUUUAACUAGGAGGUGGUGAGUGGGUGGUGGAGGGAAGAGGUCUGGAGAAUAGCAGUCUUUAAGACUUUGUAAGCAAAACAUGAAUUAUAAAAAAUAGACCUUGACUUCCCCUGCAGCGCAUAAUUAGAAAUGGAUGUACAUAAAAAAAAAGAGAGGAGUUCCUCACUGCUUACAAACUUGGUAAUUACCUCUGCGAUGAUGUGAGGAGAUUAACGUGACCACUGACAAAACACUCCACGUGACGAAAUCUGCUUAUCGCGUUGGCCAUAUCUCUACAGGUCUGUCGACAGCUUCAGUAAAUAUAUGAAGAAUAUGAAGUGUGUGUGUGUGUGUGUGUGUGUGUGUG